GUAGGUGGCGCAACUUUAUUUUUACUCUUGCAAAAAAUAAAAACAAACUGGAAAUUCCCUCACGCCAACAAUUUCGUUUAGAUUUUGAGGCUGUUGGUGGUGUGAAAGUUAUUCUAGAAUUUCUGAUAAUUUGUUGUAGUUUCUUUAUAAAAGGGAGAUGAGCUAAGGCUCAAUCAAUUUUUCAAGAACACUUAAUCAACUGUUAAGCCUAAAGCAAACAAGAAAAUGCCAGGAGAAAAGAGAGAGAAGAAAUUGACCAAAGUUGUGAUAGUCCACUUCGGUACUAAUAAUCUGAAAGAAGUGGUGAAGUCUUUGGAGCGGGCUGUAGAUGAUCAUCUGCAUCCAGAAAAAAUCAGUUGUCGUCGUAAGACUACAUCUAUUGAAAAAUUAAUCGAAGGUACUGUAAGUGUUGAAGGCGAAUCUAUUCGGGGAGUUUGUGUCAUAUCAGAAGAACUUCUGGAGUUGUUACGCAACAGUCCAAAGGAGAAGAGAAGUGAAUUUGAAGAUGGCUUGUUGAAGGAAUUUUCUAAGUAUCCUUCGUUUGUCUGCCUGAAGUACAAGUUGCAAGAUGAGGUUGUCAAAUUGGAAGAGGUUCUUCCAGGCAUAGCUGAAGACAGAAUCCUAAAUCUAGAGCAAGAAGACUCCAAAGCUCUAUGUGCUCAAAUUUAUAUGCAGUGGUUUGGGAGCACAGCAUAUGUCGAUGACAAGGGGUACCAUUGUGUUUAUGAAGACGAAAUUGACAAAACUGUUAAUUGUGUGCAUAUAAUACACGCUGGAGAGGAUAAGAAAUUGCUACGGGGUUUAAGUGAUGCUCUAGAGAACGUAGCAAACCCAGAAUGCAGCUGUGAGUUCAGAAGGAGGUACAGAGAAGGAGAUGAUGUAAAACAGAAGAUUUUAGCUGAUGUUAAAAUGUUUAUUGCCAGCCUUGAAAACGAGCAGAAUAAAUGCUUGAUCAUUGUGAGUAAUCAUCUUAUUGAGAGGCUGAGAGAUACGCCAGAGUUUGAUGAAAUCAAAAAAAUUUUAAUUCAGGAUUGCUUCAUAGACACUGGGGGAGUCCCUAAUUUUGUUCUGUUAAAGAUGACGAACAAUGACAUCUUUGAUGAUUCUACAUUUCUGCCGAUUAAACGUCCUUAUCGUGAAGAACUGGAGACUAUUGCUGAGGAUGCCCUUGAUAUCUGGUUUAAACCAAUCAGAUCGCCAUCAGAAUCUUACUACAGCUCUGGAGAGCCGCAAAUCCUGGAAGUUCGACGACAAAUCCAACAAAGUAGUCACCAUUCCACUGGUGGCCCAGAAGGAAAAUUGCUUCCCAAUAGCCACACAUCUUUGCCUGGAUAUAGCGGGAAAAACCCACAAGAAGGAGAAAUGGUCAUUAAUGAGAAAAGCUUGGUACCGCUUUAUGAGAGUUUGAUAUCUGAAGUAACCACAUCAUGCCAUGGCGAACCCUCUCAACUGAAAUCGCAUGUAACCAAGAGCGUAACUAAUGGUCAAGAGAAGCCUGUGUAUAGAGAAGAAAUCAAGAAUAUUGAUCAGAAAGGAUUUCAGACACCAAGGGCACACAUCCCGUCAGAAAAUCCUGAUGACCUAAGUAGCAAUCCACCUCCUCUUCAUGGUCAGCCAUCCAACCUUUCUACAGCUGGAAAUGUAGUGAAUGCUUCACAUAAUUCAUUUCGCAUGAAUGACAUGCCCAACAAAACCAACCUUUCACUUCAUACAGCGAUCAGAAACAGUAAUCAUUGCAAUGAGGAUGCAAGAACAGGACAUCCAUCAAGUCUUGAAACUGGUGUGACAGGGGAUCAGAGACCAAAUGUCACCACUCCAUCUGGACAGCCUACUAGCAUUGGCACUCAUGACCAACAGGCAGCAAACUCCAGCAUAUCAGGGGGAUAUGUAGCAGACCCUAGUAUCCCAGGGGAACAAACAGUAUACCGUGGCACCCCAGAGACACAUGCAGGACACAACCGACAGGAAAAGGGGUUCUUAAGUCUUCAAUAUGAACCUCCAGCCAACGAGAAAAGCGAACCAGACAUAAAAUCUAUGCCAAUUGGAACAAAACCUUGCAUAGGUGGAACAGGUAAUGGUGGAAACUUCUCAUCUAUUGGACCUGGAAAAAAGUCAGGGAAAACAUAUGGAAACAAUCCUCAGUAUGAAGACACGACUACUACCACUACAGGGACAACAUAUGGAAACAAGAACUUACCAGACGCUAACGAGAACUCCACAGAAUCUCCAGACUCGAAUUCAGGUGCAAAUGGCAGAAAUACUGUAGACAAGGGUUUGGUAAUAGGGCUCGAUCAAGGUUGUCGUAAAGAACUUAUACAGCGAUUGGACUUGCCCAUUCCCUGCGUGCAUGAUUGGCGUAACUUAGCCGGUCACUAUGGCGUACCAAACACAACUAUUCACGUAUGGAGUGGUAAAAUGCCGCACCUCAGUGCUUCGGAGGCCCUGCUCAGUUGGCUGGGUACCUUUAAUCCAGAAUUGAAGGUUGAAACUCUCAAAAAGGACCUCGGUAAUUUUCGCCGCAGAGACACACUUAAGAUCUUGGAAAGACAUGGAUACUGAGAACUUAAGUAAUUGUUGAUAGCUUUCUGAAAUAUGCUCAAAAUCCUAAUAAAUCAUUGUAAUUAUUGUCCUCUUCAACAUUAUUGUCAUUGUUAUUAUUUUGAUUAUAGAUUAUCAUUAUUUUAUAUGAUUAUUUGCUUAUCGUCAUCUUAAUCAUAUCAUCAUCAUUUUUCAUCAUCUUCAUUGUCACUAUAUUCAUCUUUUUUUUUAUCAUAUUUAUAACAGCUGUCAUUGUGCAAAUCUUUUAUUUUCAAAGAUAGUUAAUAAUCAAUUUGUUUUCUUUCGUUCAUCUUUUUUCUAGCAUAUUUUGCAUAAUAUGGGAUUUAUUGUAUGUGUAAUUUUCACCAAUAUAGUCUCGUUCAAAUUUAUUCCAACAAUAGACAUUGUUUGAUGUUUGUAGGUAGUAUCCGUUAGUUUAUGGCAUGUUGAUAUCAAGAUUUUAGUAGAUGUUUUAGAUUCACAUUUUGCAAAAGGUGAUUUAGUACAUUUUAAUCAUGUAAAACCUGUGAUCUGUAGUUUUGUUGAUAAUUUGAAGUACUUUACAAAAUAUUACUGAGAAUGCAUUACACUGAAAUAAUGUGUAUAUACAGCAUUAUAGUCAUUGUAUGUAAAAAGCGCUUGUUUAACAACAAAAACAUAUGAAUUUGUUGGAUCAAAUUAGUUAAUCUUUAUGUUUGUAAUUGUUGUGUUGCGUAUGUUAGAGAGUCUGAAGGUGUAUGGUAAGCAAUCAGAUGUUGAUCUCUGGCUCAAAGCCAACCAAUGCUAACCUUCGCUUGUGUCCUUGGGUAAGACACUUUGCUCUAAUUACCUUGUCCUUCAGGUAGGACAUUAAGCCGUUGGUCCCAGUGGCGUAUCUAGGGGUGAGCGGUAGGUAGGGGCAGAUGCUUGAAAGCAAAAAAAAAAAAAUAGGCUCAAGUAGUUAUACAUCACCUCAUAUUACCUUAUUUUGUGAGCUAACACCCACUCGCUUCACUUUCAUUCUCCUUCCCCCAUCAUCAGACUCUUAGAUACACCACUAGUUGGCCCUAUGUACAUUAUUGGGGGAGACGAUUAUCUCCAGGUGUAUUGUCCAAAUCACUUCUGUCAUCAUUUCUGAGACAGCAUUUUUCAACUCAGAUAAUGUGCUGUGUUAGUGAGAUAGUUAAGUUAGUGAUAUACAUAUAUAAUACCAGUAUUUACAAUUGGCUAUGCUUGGCAAAAUAUAGAAAUGAAAUCAAAGUGCUGUGUUUUAAUACAUUUAAAUUAAUUGUUAUUUAGUAAGUUGUUAGAGAUUUUGUAGUUUAAGAUGUGUAAUAUACAAACAGGAAACCUAUCCAUAAGAGAAAUGUGUUAUGUGUCAGUAUAACUUAAACACAUUGGAUAGCCAUCCAUAGGGGAGAUUUGAAUGAGGCUACACCCAGAUGGAGCCUUCUCACAUCGAGAGAUGGAAGCUACACACUUGUUGGAGCCUCACUUUCACAUAAUGCAUCUACCCAA